AUGACACCUCAUCCUUCUCCAAGCCACAAAUUUUCCUGCAAUAGAUUCUCUUCCCUGAGAUACACAAACAAAUAAACCAAAUCCCAAACCCUUUUCCAGCGGCCUCUUCCCAUCUCUCUGACUUUGUACAUUAAACGCUCGCUUUCUAGCUAUGGCUGCCACAGCAUCUCCAAUGGCUAGCCAGCUCAAGUCCAGCUUCACUUCUCCCGCGAGGAAAGGUCUGAUUGUCCCCAAGGGCAUUUCCGGUGCUUCCUUCAGAGUUUUGCCCACCUCCAGGAGAUCUUCUUCCUUCACUGUCAAGGCAAUUCAGGCUGACAAGCAGCCGACAUACCAAGUGGUGCAGCCGAUCAACGGCGACCCUUUCAUAGGCAGCUUGGAGACUCCGGUCACGUCCAGCCCACUGAUCGCCUGGUACCUCUCCAACCUCCCCGCAUACCGCACCGCGGUGAGCCCACUCCUGAGGGGGAUCGAAGUGGGCCUGGCCCAUGGAUUCCUCCUCGUGGGCCCAUUCGUGAAGGCCGGCCCGCUCAGGAACACAGAGUACGCCGGGGCGGCAGGUUCCUUGGCCGCCGCCGGCCUGGUGGUGAUCCUCAGCCUCUGCCUAACCAUGUAUGGAGUUGCUUCCUUCAACGAAGGGGAGCCGUCGACCGCACCCAGCUUGACAUUGACCGGAAGGAAGAAGCAGCCUGACCAGCUGCAGACCGCCGACGGGUGGGCGAAGUUCACCGGAGGGUUCUUCUUCGGAGGGGUUUCAGGGGUGACCUGGGCUUAUUUCCUUCUCUAUGUUCUUAACCUUCCUUACUACGUCAAGUAGAGUGAGUUUCAAAUAGCCACACCGUUUUACAUUUCUUCUCAAUGUGGAAUUCUGUAUCUAUGAAUGCUAAACCAGACUUAUGAACAUAGCUUCUUUCCCCCCACUGCUGUCUGAACAUUUCUGCCCUUCCUUCCGGGUGAACUGGAAUCAUUCUGUUGUUUUGUUUGUGAAGAAAUUCGAUUAGAAAUUCAG